ACUGGGUUCUCAUAUGCAACAACUUCAACGGGGCACAACUAUACUGAUCUACAAGCAUGCGGUCAAGUCUAUGAAUUUCUACGAAAGUGGUUCAUUAAUCAUUCAGAAUUCAUCUCGAACCCUUUCUAUGUUUCUGGGGACUCUUAUGCAGGCAUUACAGUUCCAGUUAUGGUUCAACUAAUAUCAAAUGGAAUUGAAGCAGGCAAAGAGCCAUUAAUCAACCUUAAGGGCUAUUCACUUGGAAAUCCAAAAACAUUCCCUGAAGAAGUCAAUUAUAAAAUUCCUUUUUGUCAUGGUAUGGGGCUAAUAUCCGACGAACUUUAUGAGUCGUUGAAACAGACUUGCAAAGGAGAAUAUCGAAAUAUAAAAUCUACCCAUAAACCAUGUUCAGAAAACUUAAAAAUAUUCAAGGAGCUUGUGAGUGGUAUAUGCGAUGAACAAGUACUAGAGCCUUACUGUGGAACAUACUCUGAAGAACCAAAAUUACGCCAAUCGUCAAGUGAAAGAGAAGAGAAUUUCAUCUUUUUAAACCGCGAUGACUUUAUCUAUCGAAGAAUAAGUCGUGUUGACACACACAAUCUCUCAGUUUAUUGGGCAAAUGACCCAAAAGUUCAAGAGGCUCUCCAUGUUAGAAAGGGAACUAUAAAAAGAACAUGGGCGAGAUGUAGGCAAAGUAUUGGGGAUAAAAGUUACGCAAUUACUUUCAUGAAUAGCAUACCUUACCAUGCAAACCUUAGUACAAAAGGUUAUCGAUCACUUAUAUACAGUGGCGAUCAUGACAUGGUUGUUCCUUUUCAAUCGACACAAGCAUGGAUAAAGUAUUUAAAUUAUCCUAUUAUUGAUGAUUGGCGUCCAUGGAUGGUUAAUGAACAAGUUGGAGGUUACACAAGGUCUUACUCUAAUCAUAUGACAUAUGCAACGGUAAAGGGAGGAGGGCACACAGCUCCAGAGGAUAGACCUGAAGAGAGUUUUCACAUGUUUAAAAGAUGGAUAUCUCAACAACCUUUGUAAUUUUUUUUUAUUUAGUUCAAUAUGCACUUUGAAUUACCAUGAAAGCAUUGCUCCGU